CGGUGUAUCAGUUUGCAGCCAAAUAACGUAACUUCUGUACACGAGAAUUAGCACAGAAACAAUCUUCACAUACAGGAUGAAUCACGCCAUGCUGCUGCUGCUGCUGGUGGUAGCGUUGUCCUCACUGGUCCACUCGGCUGUUCUCGUUAACACGUCCCUGCCGAUGGACUGUGAGGAUGUUUACAACCUGAAGAAAAGCUCAGUAAAGAACGCCACUGUUCCCAGUGGAGUGUACACCAUUUAUCCAGCAGGUCCUAAUAAACCCAUGAAGGUGUACUGUGACAUGGGCUGCCUGGAAACCGGAGGCCAUGAUGAUGGGAAGUGGACUGUGAUUCAGAGGAGAAUCGACGGCAAUCUGAGUUUCUACCGGCCAUGGGAGCACUAUAAGAAUGGAUUUGGUGAUGCCAAUGGUGAAUACUGGCUAGGUCUGGAGAACAUUUUCCUGAUGACCUACAGGGAGAAGUAUCAGCUGAGAGUGGAAAUGGAGGAUUUUGAGAGAGGCAGUGCCUACGCCCAGUACACCCAGUUCUACAUCAACCCAGAGUCCAGCAAUUACAGGCUGAACAUCGGUGAAUACGUCAAUGGAGGAGCAGGUGAUUCUUUAUCCUAUGUGAAUGGGAGGGAUUUUGCAACCUUUGACAAAGACCCUACAGGAAACUGUGCUGAGACUAACAGUGGAGGAUUCUGGUACUAUGGAUACUGGUACUACUAUUCGUGCCACUACGCCAACCCCAACGGCCUGUACAAAUACGGAAAUGUGGGAACAGCGUACACAGGGAUCAUGUGGCAGUCCUGGAAAGGUUACUACUACUCUCUGAAGACCAUCGUGAUGAAGAUCAAACGGAUGGGUCUGGAAGAUCUUGAAAAUCUUUAGCUUUCCAGACCUAGAAAACCAGAAGAGUAGAAUAGAGAGGAAUAAGUAUAAUAUCUCUCUCUGCAGAUAGAG